AAUCUUGCAUACGUUGAUCCUCAAGACCCAAAAAAAUUCAAAUCUUACUGUUCUGCAAGAUGUUACUGGAGUCAAGUAACAAGCCUGAUGCUUACACGGUCGAGCGUGCUCGAACCCAACGAUAUAGACUACAUUUCAAUCCAUGAGAAAUUCAUUGCUGAUCUACCUCGAUCAAAUGUUAUCGCAAUUAUUCGCCUGCAAAUGUCAUACGAGAUCUGCCGUAAUUUCUUUGAGUAUCGAAAGAAUCUCGCAGCAACGAAUAAAGUGAAGCCUGAAGAAGUGACACAUCGUAUGUUUCAUGGGACAAAGACGAAUUGUAAUCCGACGGAGGUGCUGUGUUCUAGCCGAUUUUGCGAGAAAUCAUGUGGCAUGUGUGGGAUUGUCAAGGAAGGGAAUCGGAAAAUAUUUUCUAGAUACUCUGGCAAAAUGUGGUUCGCUGCAAGUUCUUCAAUAUCUUUGAGCUAUUGUGGCAACAAUGAUGUAAAGGCAAUGUUUGUCAUAGACGUUGUUCAUGUUGCAUGUUCAUCCAUUAUUAUAGUGGAUCAAGAUGAAGCAACUCUUCCACGAUAUCUUAUCAUAUUUCAAACAAAUUAA